ACCAGUGCAGCUGAGGGCUGCCCCCCUCCUUCUCCUCUUCCUCCUUUACCUCCUUCCUUCCUUUCCUUCCUUCCUUUUCAUCAUCCAAUUUGCACACUGCUAAAUCCCCUCUCCAUUUGUGUCUCAUAUCUGCAUCUGCUCAUCACUCUUUCCCCGCUCUCUCUCUUUCUUUCCCUGCUGGCCCAGCUUGGUUUCCCACUGCGUGGCUGACCCAGGCGGACUUUUUCAGGCGAACGUGGGCGCAGAAGAAAGAGAAAGACAAAGAGUUGGCCCAUGCAAGCAGCGUGUGGACUGAGUGCAGCUGUUUCGUCCAGAGCAGAGCCCAACAUGUGAGAAGAUGUCUGUUGGAGGUUGUGCUUGUCCCGGCUGUUCGUCAAAGUCAUUCAAGCUGUACUCUCCUAAGGAGCCCCCCAACGGCGGCAGCUUUCCCCCCUUCCACCCAGGCGCUAUGCUGGAGAGAGAUGUGGGGCCUACACCCAUGUACCCCCCAUCAUACAUGGAGCCUGGAAUGGGGAGACCCACCCCGUACGGGAACCAGACAGACUACAGGAUAUAUGAGCUGAACAAAAGAUUACAGAACUGGACAGAGGACUGUGACAAUCUCUGGUGGGAUGCCUUCACCACAGAGUUUUUUGAGGAUGACGCCAUGCUCACCAUCACUUUCUGUCUGGAAGAUGGACCCAAGCGAUACACCAUCGGCAGGACAUUGAUCCCACGCUACUUUCGAAGUAUUUUUGAGGGCGGCGCCACUGAGCUGUUCUACGUUUUGAAGCAUCCAAAGGAGUCCUUCCACAGUAACUUUGUGUCUCUCGACUGUGAUCAGUGCACCAUGGUGACUCAGAACGGCAAACCUAUGUUCACGCAGGUUUGUGUUGAGGGUCGUCUCUAUCUUGAGUUCAUGUUCGAUGACAUGAUGAGGAUCAAGACGUGGCAUUUCAGCAUCAGACAACACAGAGAGGUCCUUCCCAGGAGCAUCUUGGCUAUGCAUGAUCCCCAGAUGCUCGAUCAGCUGGCUAAAAAUAUCACUCGAUGUGGGCUGUCCAACUCCACGCUCAACUACCUCCGUCUAUGUGUGAUAUUGGAGCCCAUGCAGGAGUUGAUGUCCAGACAUAAGACUUACAGCUUGAGCCCCAGAGACUGCCUGAAGACUUGCCUCUUCCAAAAGUGGCAAAGAAUGGUUGCACCGCCAGCUGAACCCGCCAGACAAGCUCCAAACAAACGACGGAAAAGGAAGGUGUCCGGUGGAAGCAACGUGAGCACUGGUGGAGGCGGCAACAACAACACCAACAGCAAAAAGAAGAGUCCAGCUAACAGCUUUUCACUCGCCAACCAGGUACCUGACCUGGUUGGAACAAAAACCUGUACAGUGCCGGAGCUUGAGGACCGGAGCUGAGAACCACUACGCUAAAUCUUAAACACACACACUCACACUCUCUCACUUGCUCCCUCUGUCUCUCUGUGUCUCUUUUUGCUCUCGCUCUCACACUCAAACAAUAAUACAGAUACACACUCUCACCUACACUGACAGCAUAAAACACUGAGGUACUGGAGAGAGGUGGUAUGCAGCCUGUCUGGACCACUACCCCAGACGCUACAGACGUGUGUUUUCAUUUUCUAUGACUUGUUUUCUCAGUUGUCCUGUUUUUUUGUUUUUUUUUAUUUUUGUAAACAAUUUCUAAAAAAAUAGGCCAACAAAAACACCCACCCCUGAAUAUUCUUUGCACUGUUUCCACUAUUAAACUCCUUAUCUAUUUUUCUUAUGAAUUGACGGUGUAUUUUUCUUUCUUUUCUAUUGUUUCUAGUGUGAGAACUGUAAAACAUCUGAAUCCCGCAGUAUAUUAAUGUAUAAGUAUUGCUAAUAAUUCAUUCUUUUUUUGUGACGGUAAUAACUUUCAUGUAAGUCUAUGCUUGAUAUGUCCGUCCGUCUGUGUCUGAUGUCACACGGUCACCAGGUCCACUGGCUUCAGUGCUGAGGAGAACAAGGCUAUUGUUAUAAUUCUGUGCUUACAUCCUGUUACACGCGAGUCCAAAAUUAGCACUCUGGAAACCAGUUGACCAACUAAAUUUCCAUCAAGCGCCUGGUUUGCAUCUGUUGUCGUGUCAUUGCAGAACUGUUCGCUUUGUAUUGAAGUUCAGAGAACAUAAUUACAGAUUUAAAAAAUAAAAAUAAAAAAAAAAGUCUCAAAUUUGCUACACAAAAUAUUUUAAAGAUAAGUUUUGACAGGAUUGUAAAAUAGGAGAAAAAAAUAAGACUUUUGUAAUCAUAAGUUUCCCAGAAAUGUUUUUAAUCACAAUUAAGAAAGCUGCAGACCAAGGAGCUACAUGUAAAGAGUCUUUAGAUAUUGGUUACACGUUGCGCUGUUCUAUGUUUUAUGAAGAAUCAGUUUUGUUGGCUUUACUUUGUUUGUGUCUGUGCUUGUAUAUUUUUAGCUAGUCAUUUCUGUAAAGGUAAUUCUAUGUAUUCCUCCCUAGAACGAUGAGAAACUCAAUCUAAUGUAAAGAGAUGGAAAGAUGGAAAGCCUCUUAAAAGUUUUUUUUUUAAACGUGAUUUUUAAUGGUACAAUCACUGAUAAAAGAAUUUUGCCCUCAUUUUAGCAAACUGUAUUUAUUUUUCUAUGUAUGGACAUUCUGUUUCGGUCCAACCCACCUGUACAAUACCAUGAUACUAUAUAAAGGAGUCGGUUAAAGCUAAUGACGCUCAUUCCAUUACUUUUGUUCUUUAACAUGUGGCUCCCAGGCCAGUUGCGCCUGUUUAUUACAUUGAUUUAAUAUGUUCACAGUGAAGAGAUUUGAUAGCCAUUCUCUGCUGUUGUAGGUUUGUGGUCAAUCUGAAGACAUCAGAUGCACUGAAAACCAAUAAAUAACCACGUUCAGAGAAAACAAAA